AUGUCUCUCGCACAAUUACAAAGGUUACUACCUCUGCCAGAGGAAGACUUGAAGCAAGCGUUGGACUAUGCAAACACACUUUCCAAACAAGCUGCUGCCGAGCAUUUCAACAACCUACUGGGAGAAUCACCAGGCAGUAUAGAGUUUAUAUCCUCAUUUAAUUCGAGAAGACAAGAUCCUACUGCCAAACCAACUCCGCAGACGCAAACGCAAACAUCAGCACAAGCUUCAACAUCGACCAGUGCACCAAAGUCAACCAGAGGAUCAAAAAAGAAGAAACCUCCUAUACACACACCAGCGCCACGUCAAGUUCACGGUAUAUAUGGGGGGCAAGGAACAGCAUACAAGAAGAAAGACGAAGAUGAUUAUGUAUCUCGAAGAUCCACACCCCAACCAUCGACUUCCAAAUCCUCGUCAACCGCCAAUGCCCUUGCACUCGACACCGGUUCCUCCGCCAUUCAAUCACCCACCCCCCGCCCUCCUCCUUCUGCAGCCGGCACCCUAAUAUCCGAUUUCAACAGAAAACCAAAAUCCACCUCUUCUUCCCGCGCCGUCUCCCAAAACCCCUCUCGCAAUGCAUCGCCAGCUCCAAAACCAAAACCAGCGACAACUAAAAUAAACAUCACAGGUGGAAACGCUAUGCAUGGCGCCUCAACCGCGCUUUCUGAUCUUGACGCCGCAAUCCGUACGCUGGAAAUAUCCACCAAUUCUUCACUCUCCACCGACCCUUCAAAAAGAAAGUGCAACUGUAUCGCCACCCGUCAUCCACUUCUCGCCGCGGCCCCAAACUGUUUAAGUUGUGGAAAAGUAAUCUGCGUAAAAGAGGGAUUCGGACCAUGUACAUUCUGCGGAUCAGCCAUCUUAGGAAGAGAUGAAGUGCAAUCCAUGAUCCGCACCCUCAAAGAAGAACGCGGAGCCGAGAAAAUGCGUCUCGACGCCUCCUCCCACCGACGCGCCGACAUAUCUCGAACAACCCCAGCUCCUUUCUCCGCACCCAAGAACCUAGACAUGACACCCGCGGAACAAAAAGCCAAAGAACAUCGCGAUACAUUAUUAGGGUUCCAGGCACAGAAUGCCAAGAGAACCACGGUCAAAGAUGAAGCUGCGGAUUUCGAUACAGGGUUGGCGGCGAGUGUGGCGGCGGGUGUGGGGGGCGGAAGUGGCAUGGGGGGAAUGUGGGCGAGUCCGGCGGAGAGAGCAAAGGAAUUGAAGAGGCAGCAGAAGGUUCUCGCGGAGCAGGAAUGGAAUGCGAGGCCCGAGUAUGAGAAGAGGAGGCAGGUGGUUAGUGUGGAUUUGGUGGGGGGAAAGAUUGUUAAGAGGAUGGCUAGGAUUGAGAGGCCGACGUUUGAGAGUGAGGGAGAGGGGGAGGAGGAGACUGUGGAUGAAGUGGAGAAUACGAAUAUGAGGGGGAAUAAUGGGGGAGGGGGAACGUUUAGUCGAAAUCCUUUAUUAGGGGGGCUCAUAAAACCGAUCUGGAAAGCGGCGAAGGGGAAGGAGGUAGAGGGAGCGGUGGCUGGUAGCGGGGAGGGUAGUGUUGCAAACGAUGAGGAUGCAUAUACAAGGAAAAAGAAAACGUGGAGGAGAGUCCAAGAUGAUAUGGAUGAUAAUGAAGAUAUUAUUCUAAACGGGGGUGCAUUUGGUGGGAACCAGGGAAUGGAAAAUAGAAGAGAGGGGGUUGAGGAACAUGCUGUGGGUUAG